AUGUUCGCCUGUGCCAAGCUGGCCUGCACCCCCACUCUGAUCCGAGCUGGAUCCAGAGUUGCCUACAGACCAAUUUCUGCAUCAGUGUUAUCUCAACCAGAGGCUAGGACUGGAGAGGCCUCUAUGGUAUUUAAUGGGGCCCAGAAUGGUGUGUCUCAACUAAUCCAAAGGGAGUUUCAGACUAGUGCAAUCAGCAGAGACAUUGCUGAGAUGUGA